AUGGUCAAAGCUGUUGUUGCCGGUGCUGCUGGUGGCAUUGGACAGCCAUUGUCCUUGCUUCUGAAGGCUAGCCCCCUUAUUGAUGAGCUGGCUCUCUACGAUGUUGUCAAUACUCCCGGUGUCGCUGCCGAUCUUUCUCACAUCUCGUCACCUGCGAAAGUUACCGGUCAUCUGCCCGCCAAUGAUGGCGCUAGGGCUGCGUUGAAGGAUGCGGAUAUCAUCAUUAUCCCAGCCGGAGUUCCUCGCAAGCCAGGCAUGACCCGUGACGAUCUUUUCAACAUCAAUGCUGGGAUUGUUAAGGGUUUAAUCGAGACCGCCGCCGAGGUUGCCCCCAAGGCUUUCAUCUUGGUCAUCUCCAACCCGGUGAACUCCACUGUUCCUGUUUCUGCAGAAGUCCUCAAGGCAAAGAAUGUGUUCAAUCCCCAGCGCCUUUUUGGUGUCACAACCUUGGAUAUUGUGCGAGCUGAGACGUUUGUUGCUGAGAUUGUUGGCCAAAAGGAACCCCAGAAGCUGACCAUCCCGGUUGUUGGCGGCCACUCUGGUGAGACCAUUGUUCCCCUCUUCAGCAAGGCCAGUCCAUCAGUUACCAUCCCUGGCGAGCAGUACGAUGAUCUUGUGAACCGCGUGCAGUUCGGUGGCGACGAGGUCGUGAAGGCCAAGGAUGGCCUUGGAUCCGCUACUUUGUCAAUGGCUUACGCUGGAUUCCGUUUCGCCGACAAGCUCCUUCGGGCUGUGAAAGGCGAGAAGGGCCUAGUCGAACCCAGCUAUGUCUAUCUUCCCGGUGUACCCGGAGGUGAAGCCAUUGCUAAGGAGACUGGCUGUGACUUCUUCUCUGUGCCUAUCGAACUUGGACCCAACGGUGCCGAGAAGGCCACCAACCCUCUGGAGGGCCUCACCGAGAGGGAGAAGGAGCUUUUGGGCAAGGCAGUUGAGGGCCUCAAAGGCAACAUUAAGAAGGGCGUUGAUUUUGCCCACAACCCUCCCCAAAAGUGA